AGAAUUUUCUCGAUCAUGAGACGGUCAGCUGUAAACGUGGUAGUGAGUGCAGGCGUUCGAAACCUCUUUGAGUACGGGCAAUUCGACCGGUAAAAGACGCGCGUGCAUUCGUUCGUUAUCAACUUUCAAUUUUAUCAGUCAUCAACCACAAGUGCACAAGUAAAGUUGCGACCACAGACUGAAUAUUCUGUGUUGCGAGUGUUGCGACCAUCAUGGCUUAAGAUAACAUACUGGCAGCGCAACGAUAUGUUCUUGAUAAACUGUUGAUCAGAGAUGAGGAUAAUAUACUAUUAUUUAAUAUUUAGUGCUCAUUAAAAUAUUAUUURUAUUAUUUACAUCAUUAUUUUGUGAUUAUCAAUUAUCACUGAUUUUUUACCGCUUUAAACUCCACUUAUUAUUUAUGUAAGUUUAUCUAGGAAUCAAUCAAUCAACAAGUCAAUUUAUUUUACUGCUAGAAAUUACAAUAGAGCGCGCCAUAAUACAAUUUUUAUCUGUCAAAAGUUGAAGACACUUUAGGGGUCUCGUUAAGUCGUAAUCGCGCCUCGUUGCGCAACCAGUUCAUCGUUAUUCGUUAAUCAUGGUUGUAACCGAUGACCGUGAUUAUAGCGCCGAGCUCUUUUAAUUUUUCCGCUCUCGAAUUUCAAUUAAGUAUUUACAAUUUUUURUUUCGGAUUUCCGCCGUUUUCCUCGUCGAGUUUUUGACUUUUCCGCCGUCGACCGUCAACCACCGGCURCCUGACGUAAACAACACAAUAUCGCAUCUUCAAUAUAGCCCGGAUUASGUAUAGUGAUCAGCCAUCCGUCGAGCACGUGCCUGGUCCACGCGAGAUAAAAUUACGACCGAGACCAGACGAUGACGCGGUCUGUCCGCUGAGAAAAUGCCGCCUCUGCGCGAUCGCACCAAUUACGAGCGUCGUCCGCCGCGAACUCCGCCGCCGCUGUUGAGUGGAGCAACAGACCCAUUUUAACCUUGGUCGGUUGUUGUGCCUUAAUCUUUGACCCGCCCCGAGACUCGACUACUGCCAGUCCAAUAUACGCACUGYGAUGGAGUGCGCUAGCCUAGACGAGUGCAUCGAGAACUGGGAUUCGAUAGCUGGUGACUACAAGACUUUAGAGAAUGUCAAUAAAGAAUAUUUAGCCAAGGUAGAAGAGGUUAGUGAUCUUCAAGGUCAGUGUAUGAAACAAGUCAGUCACCAAAAAUAUCGAUUAAAUUUUAUUGCCAAAUCUUUAAAAAAUUUUGAAAAUGAUGAACGUCAAGACAUCAUAAAACGGCUUUGGAAAGAUAUUAACCAACGUCGCCAACAACUGUCAGAUAUUGAACAAUCCCUACCUAAGCCCAACGGCACUUACUUAAAAAUUAUACUUGGCAACGUAAAUGUAUCAAUUUUGAAUAAAGAAGACAAGUUUCGAUAUAAAGAUGAAUAUGAAAAAUUCAAACUGGUUCUUAGCAUUAUUGGUUUCUUUUUAUCUCUAUUGAAUUUGGUGACCCAUAGACGUGGAAUCGAAUUGACAUUUUUGUUUCUUUUGGUCUGGUAUUAUUGUACAUUGACAAUACGCGAAAGCAUAUUGAAAGUAAAUGGCUCUAAAAUCAAAGGAUGGUGGAGGGUACAUCAUUUUAUAUCAACUGUGGCUUCAGCCGUACUACUUGUUUGGCCAAAUUCUGAAACGUGGUUCAUAUUUAGGCCACAGUUCAUGAUUUUUAAUGUACUCAUUAGUGUAGUCCAAUCAUUCCAAUUUAUAUACCAACAAGGAGUUUUAUAUAGACUAAAAGCAUUAGGCGAACGUCAUAAUAUGGAUAUCACUAUUGAAGGUUUCCAUUCUUGGAUGUGGCGUGGUCUUAGCUUUUUACUACCAUUCUUGUAUCUAGGAUAUAUUUUCCAACUGUAUAACGCAUAUACAUUAUAUAAAUUAUGUUAUCAUCCACAUGCCACUUGGCAGGUUCCUGUUUUGUCCGGUUUAUUUUUUAUAUUAUUCUUGGGAAAUGCAGUUACUACUUCAAUGGUCAUUCCAGAAAAAUUAAGAGAAGUAAAAAUAAGACGAAUUAUCAAGACGUAUACUCGAAAAAUGUCUGGCAAUCGACUCGGAGCUGACCCAAAAAAAAGUGACUGAAAAAUUAAUGUAAAAGAUAACAAUGAAUUGCAACUUCAAGACUUUUAUGACUGUUAAAUGUAUAGAUGAAGAAAUAAUCUUGUUAAAAUUUUUUCAUAUAACAAUUUAAAAAAAUAAUUAAAUUAAUGAUUAAUAUUGCACUAUGGUUAUAUUUUAUUUAUUAAUUUUUGAAAGGUACUAUUAUAAAAUAAUAAAUAAUUGUAUGUUUAAGAAGACGCCACACAUCCUGUAUAAUGUGCUGACUUGCAAACAUACAACAUAAUAAAAACUAUUUUGUGCGAGAUAAACUUUACUCCUUCUGUAUUUGUUGCAGAAUCGCCAAAAUUUCACAAAAUAUAGAGAAAAACUUUAUCUGUAUUGUAGUGUUUUUAUUAUUUGAAUAACAUAAAUACAAUUUAAGUUAUUAGUUCAAGAAAAUUUUUUUUUUAAAUUAAUUAUUCAAAAAUAUUAAUGCUGUCAAAAAAAUAAAAACUCUAUAACCAGACAAAGUUUUUCUUUAUCUAUUAUGAAAUUUUGGUAAUUUUGCAAUAAAUACAGAGGGAGUAAAAUUGUCCGCAAAAAAACAGGUUUUGACACUUAGUAAAUUUGUAAGACAAAGAUCACACAUGAGGGUGUGUGGCGCCCUCUUAAUGUAUUUACUAUUUAGUAUAAUGUUAUACUUAAAAAUGAA